AUGAAAAAAUCAUCAAAAGCCUUAAGUGAGCUACCACAACAGCAAUACAACGACAAACACUUGAGAAAAUUAUUACUGGAACUAAUUUUCUACUUGAUAUUUUUAACGAUAAUCACGACUUUGUCACUUAAUCUUGCUGGCUCAAGUUAUUACUACCUCACGAAAGUCGUAAUCGAUACAUUUGAAGAAGAGAAAUUCUCCGUCGACGACGAUGGCAGCCACGUUGUUACAAACUUCAAAGAACUCGCCACAGUUGAGGAGUUAUGGAAGUGGUUUGAUGUUGUGUUCUUGCCGUCAUUCACUUACGAGUCUGGUCACAUUUACGUUGCAGACGAGAACAAACUGCUCGGUCCACCACGAAUUGUGCAAGUUCGAGUCACGAAUGAAACUUGCCAUGUCCCGGAUUUGUUCAAAAAUCAUUUUCGUGAAUGUUUCGGGUACUUUGAUGAUGGAAACACCGAUCACAAGUCUUUUGGAUACAAAAACAGCAGUGCCUGGAAUUAUCACGGAAAUAAAAAUAACGCAUACAUUGAUGGUGAAUUCGGAUUUUACCCAACAUCGAGCUUUGUGCAGGUCUUAACUCUGGAUCAUGACACCAACAAAGAGAUUAUUGACGAAUUAUACCGAGGAAAUUGGAUUGAUCGAGCAACGAGAGCUGUUUUUAUCGAAUUUUCAAUGUAUAAUGCCAAUUUGGAUAUGCUUUGUUUCGUUCAGUUAGUAACAAAAAUCCCCACUGGAAUGUUGGUGACGACUUCUAACGUCCAAAGUUUGCAUUUAUUGAAUUUAAGUGACAAUUACGACAUAUUUUUAUUGUGUCUGGAAAUUAUUUUGAUCCCUUUUACAAUUUGUUACACAGUUGAGGAGUUUUGUGAGAUGUAUCGUCAUCGUCUGGCUUAUUGCAAAAAGCUGUGGAACUUGAUCGAUCUCACGAUAGCUGCUACGCUGUACGUGGGCAUGGCAUUUGUCGUGUAUCGCGAAACGUUCAUCGGUGAAAAGCUCGAAAGACAUGUGAACGCCCCUCGUGAAUUCGUUAACUUUGAAACAUUCGCUCAAAGACAAAAGCAGUUUAAAAAUUUGGUGGGCGUUUGUCUAUUCCUUGCAUGGAUUAAAUCAUUGAAAUAUUUGAGUUUCAACAAAACAAUGAUGCAAUUUAGCACGACAUUGGCAAGGUGCUCGCGCGAUCUCUUUGGGUUCGGCCUCAUGUUUGGCAUCGUCUUUGUCGCAUAUGCCCAACUCGGCUACAUCGCAUUCGGUAACGAGCUCGAGGACUUUCAUACCUUUCUCGCUGCCAUUUUUACGUUAUUUCGCACGAUCUUGGGCGAAUUCGAUUAUCUCGAAAUUGAGCAAGCCAAUCACAUCCUUGGACCAAUUUAUUUCAUGUCUUAUAUAUUUUUCGUCUUUUUUGUCUUGCUGAACAUGUUUUUGGCAAUCAUUAAUGACACCUACUCCGACAUAAAAAACGAAAUACAGCAAGACAGUAUCCCAGUUGGGAAAUUCCUCGCACGCAAACUCACGCAUUACUGGAACAAAGUCAUUGGCAAGUCGGGUGAUCGUGACGUUGACGAAAGUUUCGUGGAACCAAAGAUGGAAACGCUUACAAUUGAGUCAAGUACCGUGCAAAACGACGAAAUCAUUUCUAAUGAUUCACGACUUGCGGAUUUUGAAGAGAGAGUUACGCUUCUCGAAACGGAAUUCCACAAAAUUGUCGCCAGAAUUGAUAGUUUUAUUGAAAACGUAACUCGAACACUUCAUGAAGUCGAUGAAGAAACCGAAGAGGUGAACGACGUUUAA